AUGCUUACUGGCCAGCUAUACUGUCCUCAAAUCGAUUGGUCGAUCUACGACGAUUGGAACAAGUCCUUUUAUCGAGAAUAUGCUUGUCGAUCGCUAAUGCUUGAUCCAACUCAACAGCUUACAAAGCGGUGUGAUUGUUUAUUGAUGCCGGGCCUCAGUCCGGGCAUGUCCCGAAACAACACCGUGAAUCCUCCUUCUUUCAUGUUUUCACAUUACGCCCUAGUUCAGUUUGGGUUUUAUAUCCUAUUGCUUGAAGACGAGGUCUUGAGCAAAAUCAUUACUAGGCGAGGAUCAGUAAUCAGCCGUAUUGUGUUCAUCAAUGACUCGGGCGAACUUGGUGCUAAGUUAUUACAUCCUGACCUGGAAACCGUCGAUCUGGUACAUAUGUACUUAGCGGGUAAGCAAGGACAUGUAGUGGAAAAAGUGAUAUGGUCUUGUAAUUUGUGA